UUAUAACCUCAGAAGUGAGGUUAGAGUUAGAAUAUGUUUACAAAUAGAAAAAUGGUUGUCAAAAUAUUGCAACUAGUUCCUAAAUAUUCUAAAAACAUUCAAAAAUUUGGUAUCGCAGCCAAUUAUUCGAUACAAACAAAUACCCUUAAUUUAAAAGGAAUUCGCGACAAAAAAGUAGGUCCUUUUGGUUGGUUUCUUCUGAUUAUUCCAGUUUCAACAUUUUCGUUGGGUGUUUGGCAAGUACAGAGGAAGAAGUGGAAAGAAGGACUUCUAGCUGAUUUACAAGAAAAAACUUCCAGUCAGCCAGUGCCAUUACCUGAAAAUCUGGAUGACAUAAGUGCACUCGAAUACAAGCCAAUACAUGUAAAGGGACAAUUUCUUCACGACAAAGAGUUGUAUAUGGGGCCCCGUUCUGUUUUGAUAAGAGGAGAUGCUUCAACUAAGAGUUCACUUGUUUCUGGAAGUGCCAGUUCUAGUCAAGGGUAUUUAGUAGUAACGCCUUUGAAGCUUGAAGGUAGAGAUGAAACAAUUCUUGUGAAUAGAGGAUGGGUACCAAGUAAGCAAAAAGAUCCUAAAACAAGAGAAAAAGGCCAAGUUAAUGGUGUUGUUGAUGUAAUUGGUGUAGUUAGAACAAAUGAGCCUAGACCUAAUUUUACUAUGAAAAAUAGAGAAGGGAGCAAUAUUUAUUUUUAUAGAGAUUUAGAUCACAUGGCAGAGGUAACUGGUACCUCACCAAUAUUUUUAGAUGCCACUAAUGAUUUUGAUGUACCAAAUGGACCACUUGGUGGACAAACUAGAAUAUCUCUGAGAAAUGAGCACAUGUCAUAUAUAUUAACAUGGUUUAGUUUGUGCGGUGCCACUAGUUACAUGUGGGUUAAGAAGUUUAUUAAGUGAAAUGUAUUUGUUUGUUGAUAUGCAGUCAGUUGUUAAAAUAUAAAUAUGUAUAUACAUA